CGGCGAGUCAGACCUUUUCACUGCCCUGGACCCCAGCCUACAGAGGAUACAGUCAGGAUACUGGGGGACGAGUGGAGGUAGCUGGGCCACUAAUACCUUUCAUUUAUUUUUGUUUUUGUUAGCAAACACGUCCAAUAGACGGUAAGUAUGAGGGUAACUCCAGCAUUUUGGGCCGUGUUGGGAGUUCUCACGCUUGGCGCCGCAGCGGAUCAGUACCGGGAGAGAGCUUUGGAGCUCAUGAAGACGACUCCUCUGAUCGACGGGCACAACGAUCUGCCGUGGCAGCUGAAGAGACUCUUUAACAACCAACUCAACCACGUCGACCUGCAUUCUCUAAACAACACGCACACCAACAUCCCCAAAAUCAAGGCCGGCCGACUGGCGGCACAGUUCUGGGCUGCUUACGCUCCGUGUGAGACGCAGAACAAGGACGCUGUCAGACAGACACUCGAGCAGAUAGACUUAAUCCACAGGAUGUGUGAGAAAUACCCAGAAGACCUCAUGUUUGCGAAAAGCAGCCAAGAUAUAAUGGACGCCUUUAUACAGAACAAGACGGCCAGCCUGAUAGGUAUCGAGGGCGGCCACUCCAUCGACAGCAACCUGGGCACACUGCGCAGCAUGUACCACCUGGGGGCGCGCUACCUCACACUCACGCACAGCUGCAAUACACCAUGGGCUGAUAACUGGCUGGUGGACACUGGAUCCACACCAUCUGACAGCAACGGACUGUCAGAGUUUGGAAUUCGAUUAAUAAGAGAGAUGAACCGCUUGGGUAUGCUGGUGGACCUGGCUCACGUCUCCGUGGGGGUGAUGAAGAAGGUGCUGCAGGUGUCAGAGGCCCCGGUCAUUUUCAGCCACUCUUCCGCCUUUGCCGUGUGUCCCAGCAAGAGAAACGUGCCUGACGACGUGCUCAGGAUGGUGAAAGAAAAACAAGGCGUGGUGAUGGUGAACUUCUACAAUGACUACGUGACUUGCAGUAGCAAAGCUAAUCUCUCCCAGGUGGCAGAUCACUUUGAUUACAUUAAGAAGGUGGCUGACGCGAGCAUCGUUGGUUUUGGUGGGGAUUACGACGGAGUUGGAAGGGUCCCAGAAGGCCUCGAGGACGUCUCUAAGUAUCCCGAUCUCGUAGCAGAACUGCUGAGGAGGAACUGGUCAGACCAGGAAGUCAAGAUGGCCUUGGGGGAAAACCUGCUGAGGGUCUUCAAAGCGGUAGAGAGAGUGCGGGAUAGCAAGAACCAGACGGCUCCUGACGACGUGCCGAUCCCCUAUGAGGAGGUCCAGAACCCCUGCAGGACCAGCUACGGCUACCCGCCGGACAAGAGCGCCAGCAGCCUCCUGGCCCUCAGCCCCCUGCUGCUGUUCCUGGCACAAACCCUGUCCCACCUCUAGGUGGCAGUAACAGAAAGGUAGUACUGUAUUCCAGACUGAUGGUUACGGGACAGAGACGACAAUCACUUGGUGGCCUCUUUAAAUGGACAAAGCAGUUUUCCUUACCUAAUUCCCCAAUUAAACAAAUUAAAGAACCGUGCUAAGAGUAGGUAUGAAGGCCACAAUGAAGAAAGGAUAGGAAGUUUCUCCCAAGCAAAGACUGUGGCUCUGCUGGGUCUGUGCCUGUACUUGGAACGUCACUGGUUUGAAUCCCAUGGCCUGCAGAGUACACAGCAAUGCCCUUACACCCAAAAGGUAACCCCCUGCCCUGCCCCAAGCUGUGCUCUCACAGGAGACCAAGAUGGGAUAUUUUGAAAACCAAAGAACUCCUAUGUUUCUGUACUUCUAUAUAGAACUGACAAAUAAAGUACCAUCAUCAUAUAAUGGGUGAGGCGGCAUCACCACCGGGUUCUGUGACUGUACCAGGCCUGUAUAUGAUGGUCCUCUUACAGCAUGGAGCCUGGAGCCCGCAAACUGAAGCCCGGAAGCUGCACUCUUAUCUCCUCUCACAGACUGCAGCCUUAUGUUCACAGCUGUGAUGACACUGCGAAACGCUCAAAAAAUAGCUUAGCGCACUAUUAUUGAUCAAAACGAUUAAAAGACAUAACAGGACCUGUGGCCAGAAAACGAUGCAGACUACACCAAAUAUAUGAGAAAAGUUUACGAUUCAUUUGUUACCGAGGUCAUUUUGCGUCAUAAAUUGAGUAUAAAGUUUGCAGAAGCAGCAGGCUUCACUGCUCACCCAGUACCGCUUCAGUUGUCCUGCUCCUGUUACAGUGUAAAGGGCUGCCUGAGUUUACACUCAGUGUUUCUCAACCGCUCUGGCAUUUCAUGGGACAUGCUCAACAUCCCAUAGGAGCAUUUCGCAGAACAAUUUAUGCAUACAGCACAACACUAUGGUUUAGCCGCAAAAGGCCAUAUCCCACCAGAAACAAUUAAAUCAUGUCUUAAAAACAAAUAAUUCCACCAAUGAAAUUAAUCAAUGCCACCGAAAUGAAAGUACAAUCAGCAUCGUUUUAACCAUGAGAGACAAAAUGCUUAGAUAUAUUGUCAACGUAAGUACUGUACGCUCCUGAGCUCCACCAUUCUGAUCAUUUCCUGCUUCCUCACUGUCACUGACUGAUCAUUUCUCUUUAGCCGACUCAUUGUUGUCAUGCCAAAGACACCAUUUUCAACACUGCAAGGCUCCGCAUUACAGUAUGUAAAAUUCACUGGCAGGAGCAUGCAUAAAAAGUCACAAAGAAGCAAAAAGGAAACUCAAUCAUGUACCGUGGGAAGCAAAAAUACAAUUCUGUAUCACUGCAAUUCAUGGAAUAUAUUUCUGAAUCAUUUUGAAAGCUUGGUGAACUGACACGACGACCGCUUUCAGAUAUAGUUUUGGGUGUAAAACUAUUACUAUGGCAAAACUACAGAAUCCAUUUUGACUAAUAAGACUAAAGCAAAGCACAUGAUGACAACUGAACAAAAUUAUUUGUAUACAUGUAAUAAAACAUUUGCAAAUUUGUGUGAAA